GUGUGUCGGCUCCAUCUUUUCUCCAAUGCUACAAGUUGACGCAGUCAGCCUUUAGCAUACAAAUAGCUACUCCUGAUGCUGCAGCACCAGUUUUUGUGGACAAAGAUGACCAGAGCAAUCGUUGGCUUAAUGACAUCACAGCAAAGAAUUUGUUGGUACCAAAGUCACUUGCCGAUGUAGAAGGUGGCCAGUAUUCAUGCAUAGUAGUUCCACACAGCCCAGGUGCAACGGAAGAUCUAGCAGUUAGUGAAAUUUUAGGCAGAAUCCUUAUCCAUUGUCUCUCUGAAAAAAAACCAGUGUGUGCUGUUGGUCUUGGUGUCUGUGCAUUGUUAUCAGCUGUAAAAACAGAUUCUCAGCACUGGGUGUUUAGAGACAUAGCUUUAACAGGGUCUUCCUUGGCAGAGGUAACAGCAGCUUCAUAUUUCUCUUCGUUGCCCAUGAUCCCUGGUGAUGCCAUUCUGGACAGAGCUGGGAUAUUUUCCACAGGGGCUCCAUCUAGUGUUCACAUUGUGGUUAAUGCUGGUGUGGUGACAGGGCAGAAUCCACAGUCUACUCUCUCAGCUGUUCAGAACAUGAUACUCCUAGCUAACCAGAGGCAAAGUAAAGCAAAGUGAAUACUGCUGAAAAGUUAUUCAAGUAUCCUUGGCAUCUUCAGUGAGACUCUUGGGUAGUAUUUUAUAGGUAGCAAUAUUUAUAUUAAUUGUAUAUUAUAUUAUUAAUGUUCUCUGCUCAGCUGCUGUUGUAUAUUGUUAUUUGAUGAGUUAUUGAAAAUGUAAUUGCAUCAUAGGCUUCCUCUAUCCAAGCAGACAUUUUCAGAAAUGGGAAAGUAAUUUUUUAACAGAAGCUUUAAGUGAUUUCUGAAAAAUGAUGGAGGUUAUUGAUUUGGAAGUGAAAUGCCUUCUACCUCAAGGUGAUUAAUAUUUUUCCUAGAGGAAUCUGAGACUCCUCAGAAAUAUAUAGUAUUAUCUCUUUGAGUCAGAUCUGAAAAAAAAUUAGUUAUGGGAGAUUAAUGGGAAUCUACUUUUGCUUGGUUGCAAAGUAUGCACUUUUUUAAGAAAAAAAUAUGCUAAAAAAAGAAAUGGCUUUGUAGGCAUCAAUAUUUGUGUUAUUUUCUCAUUCAUUCCCAAGUGUAUCCCUCUUUGGCUCAUGAAUGGUAGUUGUGAGACAAAGGUGUGACAUGUUAUUUGUUUGUAAAGGGAGCAUGGCUGCUUUCUUAAUGUUUACAGUGGAAGACAUUUGAACAACUUUUUUCUUAUGCAGAAAAAAUAGCAUUCUUCUUAAUUUCCAACAGUUGACAAUUUACAAGGUUAUUGCGUGUAUUUUAGUAAGUUUGCAGAGUGCUUAUCAGGCCAGUCUGUUUAUUAUGUAUUUAUGGAUUGGGAAAAUAGAUGGGUGAAACUAGCAGCCAGUCUUACUCAGUAUUCAAAAUUGAUGCUUUUCUCUGUUCCUUUGGAAAUAUUUGAUUUAACUUUACUGUAGACAGGGAAUAUAAGAUUUUUUUUUUUCGUACUGUGUAUUCAUACUUUUAUAUAGCCUGCACCUAGAAAAGGUGAACUGAUUUCCAGGGUUUCCAUGAUUUCAAAACCGUUACCAUGGUGACAUUGGUAUUUUUUUUUUUUACAACAGACCAUUCCUCUUCCAUAUGCUUUAAUGUGAUAUUGGAUAAUGCAUCAAAGUGUAGCCUAGAGAUUUCUAAAAGUCACCCUAUUCCUUAGAAGUCUCUAGAAAGCUUUGUACAGUGUUAGUUUAAAAGCACAAAGAGCUAUAUCCUUCAGGAAAAAGAAUACAAAAGGCCACCAAAGAUACUGCAUCACCUUUUAACAGGUGAGAAGACUCUACACUAGAUAACUAGCAAUUUUUGGUGUAAUGAUAGACUAUUAUUUAAGAGAGAACUCAAUAUUUGUUGAGGGAGAAUGAAAAAGUGAAUUAAAAGUAGGUGUUUUUGUGGUGUUAAAGAUUAGGUUAUUUUGAGGCUAAGUAAUCCUGCUUUCCUCCUGUCCAAAAGUUUUUUUUAUAGCAUUGAUGCAUUGCUGAUGUCAAAAGUAUUACCUGAUCCUACUUGAGAUUUCUUUGUUGAAAAGAAGCCCUACAUUUGGCUUUUUGUAUUGAGAAUGAUAUAUAUUAUGCAAAUGCUAUCAACAGCCUUGUUUGAAAUCUUUGAGAUUUCUAUUGCAUGGUGGUAUGAUCAAUAUGCCAAAUUUUUGUUUUAUUUUAUGAUCUAUAUAUGUUAUUUUAACUGACUGAUCUGGAAUAUAUAUUGUAUCUAUUAAUUUCUGAAGCUAAUUUAAUGGAACUUAAGAAAGAAAUAUCAUUUGUAAUACAAUAUAAAUGUUUGGACCUUUCAAUGAUGACAGAUCUUGUAAAUUUUAUCAUUGUUUUUCAUAAUAAUAUUAAGAGGGUACUGUUCGAUUUAGACUAGGUCACUAGUGAAGGAAAAAUAAAUCUUUGUAGAAUAAUUUUUUUUUCCUUGAAGAAGUAGUACGAUCGGAUUUACAUUUAAGUUUUGGGUAUUAGUUGUUAGCUACUAGACAGUGAAGAUAGAAAAUAGCUUUAGUGUCAUUCAUUUACAUCAUGAAUUAGUAGCAGGAAAACUUCCUUUUCUGUAUCAUUUACUUGGUCCAUUGUAGCAACUUGAAUCAGUAAUUGUGUAGGGUUAUACUGUAAUAAUUUAUUCAUGUGUUGUACACAGUUGCAUGAUUUGUGUAUUUGCACCAUAUGUAUUUACUCAUAUUGCACCAGAAUACAAAGAUAGUGAUUGCGUUAUAAGGUUUUCUUCAAAGAUUACUAGAAAUUCUCUCAGAGAUGAAUUAUUACGAACAGGAAGAAAGGUCACAUGAACAGAAAUUGGAAAUGUUUUUAUUCUUAUAAGCUUUAUUAUAAGCCACAUGAAACAUAAAAGGAAUUUUGCAGUUGUUGAUUUCAAUCUUUAUUUAUUGCAAGAAAUAUACUGUACACAUGGUUUAUAAUGAAAAUUUUCUAUCAAAAAGAGGUUGAUUUUUUAUGCGUAUAUAUAUUUUUACCUGUUCAUUGUCUGUUAUAACCUGUAGACCUGUAGUAUAUAUCUACUGCUGUUUAAGUUCGCUGUGAUACACAUUUCAUAUUAGAUGCAACAGACUUUUGACAGACUUUUUUCUUUUUGUAAGAAAAAAAAAGCUACCGAAGGGCACAAUGUGAUAUUUACCUUUGUCUAUUUCUUCCAAAGCAUUGUUCUUCACACAAUGGCCAUGUGUCACUUCAGUGAAGUUCAUGCAGUAGUUGAUAUUUCUCUGUUGUUCAUGAAUUUUAUAUUGUCAUUACUGAUGCAUAAAAUUGUGGUUGAUAUA